AUGGAGAAACAGCUAUUUACCGGCCAAAAUAGCUUCAGGGGGCUUCAAGAAGCCAUCGAAUCUGUCAUACAAUAUAGUGAUGAUGAUGACUGUGACUUAGCUAUCAUACCGCCUGAACCAAGUGCGUUGACUGAUGACGAGGAGGGAGCUGAUGAGGAUAUGACGACCGUAUGCAUGCCGCAAGACGUACCUGGAACCCUCGAGAUAUUUACGCAUCGUGACAAUAGUGUACACGAAGAUAGCUCGUACGACGACAGUGACGACGAACCUCUGGCGUCAAAAAGAAAACGACCAAAUUCUAUCCGCGAAUCUGUUUCGAACGUGGCUCCAACCUGGAGAAAAUGUGCACCUUCAUACUCUUCAGCUCCUCAGCGUACGUCUCAAGUCAGCGAAAAGAAAAAUAAUGUUUGUGAAGAACUGAAAAACCUCAACCCCGUACAAAUAUUUGAAAAGUUAUUUGAUGAUGAUAUAGUUGACUUGAUUGCAUCCAAUAGCACACUAUACGCCAACCAACACAACAGACAUGAGUUUGAACUGGUUCCUUGUGACUUGAAAAAGUUUAUAGGGAUUUUGAUUCUUUCUGGCUAUCAUAAACUUCCUCGAGAACCGAUGUACUGGUCUCUAGACGAAGACAUUGGCGUAGAAUUGGUCAGCAAAGCUAUGUCAAGACAUAAGUUUCGAGAUAUAAAAAGGAACUUACAUCUCGUAAAUAACGAUUUAGCUGAGCUGAACGCAAUAAACACCAACCUCGCGUGUGAAUUACAUCUCAACAUGGAAAUUAGAGGAAAAGUCCUGUUCGAAUCUAAAGGGUUUGUCGCAGCUGUAUAUUUAGAUCCACGCGUUAACUUCUUGUUGACCACUGAUCAACUGGAGAUUGCAGAAAAUGUUUUGGUUAGUGCAUGA